CAGCAGAGCUAAGGGAAGGCUCUUUGCAAGACACCAGCCGAGCUAUUCUAUCCCUUCCCUUCGCCCUCCGGCGGGCAGCCUCUCUUUCGUGGGGGGCAGUCUCUCUUUCCUGGGGGAUUCCCCUAGGACUGGGGCCAGCGCCAAUCAGGACUCUUGGUACCUGCCCCCAGCCCCGGCCACCUGGAGGGGCGAUGAGGUUUUCGGCUCCGUGCGGGGCCAGUACUUGGAGCGCCUGGGCGGGCAGAGGAACCUCACGUGGGCCUCCCCAGCCCCCGGAAGGACGCGCACAGACCGGGUGGGAGCCGAACGCGGGAGUCACCGCCGUCGCGGAGCUGCCCAGCAGCUGUAACGAGUUGGGACGCUCCUCCGCACCCUGGUUCCCCGAAAGGAAGGAAAAGGAGGGAGGGGUUGAGACCGGGGCAGGCCGCGGACUCUGCAGGUCGCUGGGCUCCGCUCGUGGAGUGCCUGGCCGCGGCGUACUUCCGAGGGAGCCUCUACACCCAGGCACUGACGCCCUUGGCCAUGACGCAGCCCCAUGACGGCCUGUGUGACUGAACCGUUGCUGCCUCAGCUGUUUCACAUAAGUAGUUGGAUGGGGCAUCGGGCGGAUGACAGCGGGAACAGUUGUGAUCACUGGCGGAAUCCUAGCUACGGUCAUUCUCCUCUGCAUCAUUGCUGUCCUGUGCUACUGUAGGCUCCAGUAUUAUUGCUGCAAGAAGAGCGGAGCUGAGGAUGCAGACGACGAGGAGGAGGAGCGCGACCAGCCCACACCCUCCAGAGGCCCCCCCUGCAAUGCCUGCAGCUCCCAAGCCCUGGAUGGCAGAGGCAACCUGGCACCUGGCACCAGCGAGCCCUAUGGCCAGCCAUGCGGGGUGGCAGCCCGCCACCUCACCACCUGCUCCCCAUAUAGCUCCCCCUUUUACAUACGGACAGCUGACAUGGUGCCCAAUGGGGGCGGAGGCGAGAGGCUGUCCUUCGCCCCCACAUACUACAAGGAAGGGGGACUCCCGUCCCUCCAAUUGGCAGCACCCCAUAGUUACCCGGUGACGUGGCCUGGCUCUGGGCGUGAGGCCUUCACCAAUCCAAGGGCUAUUAGUACAGACGUGUAACCCCUCUCACCCCCACCCCCACACACACCAAUACUGCUGCCCCAGCAGAAGCAGUGGAGCCAGCUGUGCCCCUUGCAGUAUCCCACAAGGACUGUCUCCAUUUCUUUGGCUUUUCUUGCCUCACAGUGGAAGGUUCACCAGGAUUCAAGCCAUUGGAUGCAUUGAGAACCAGGCAGGGCCUGGUCCCCUGGCCCGGAGGUGGAGCCUGACAGGUUGGGUUGGCAGCUUUGCCAGUUUUUCCGCUGGGACAUUGCUCUGGCUGGCUCCUAGCAGUCACAGACCCCUCGUACUUCCCUAACUCCCCCAGCUUUGCCAGAUUUUGAGACGAGGGCAAGUUAGGCCUCCAGAAUCCUUGGGGAAUGAAAGAAGGAAGGGGAACAUUGGGCAGGGUGAAAGGGAAGGGCUAAGGCACUGCAGAAUUUGAGAAGGUCGAGGAGGGUGUGCAAGAGACCGCUGCAGAACUUGGUGGCUGAAACGAAUCCAAGAGUCAGUUCACAAUGUAGUUUUGUAUUUUGGUUGUCAUAGAGACAGCAGGUCCCAUAGCUACUCCCAUGUGGAUCUGGUUCCUGAAGACAUCACAGCUGUAUUUGCCCCUUCCUCGUGGAACACAUUUAGUUGGCUUUGGUGGUGUGAGGUUAUUUGUGGGGAAUGCACCAAAAACUGACUGUGUGACCUCGUCACCCCCUAAAUCCUCUUUCUUUGCCUCGGGAACCAGCUGCCUGGCUGAGCGCCUUUUUCAGGUUUUGUUAGUAGAGUUCACGUAGCUUAGCGAGUGAGCUCCCGCUGGCGGCCUUGGCUGUGGCUGACAGCAGAGUGGUGUGCGUGGAUGCAGUCCGGCGAGAGCUUGUGCGUGCACACGUCUCAGGUGUGUGCACACACCGGGGGCUGCAAAGUGGAAGGGUCUCUGAUGUAGCAACUAGAAAGAAAAAUCUGACCCCCGGACAGCGUGAGGGAAAAGUGAGUAAGUGGCCAAUUCCCAUACAGGAAGAGCCUGAGGAGUCUCGCAUGGGACGAUGCUGUCAUGCCAGCCCCUCUAGGGCAUACUACUCGGGCAUCCAGCCGUGGUGCAGUCGACAUGGACCACUCACUCCACUGGGGACAGCGGCCCUGACUCCUGAGACCCGGAGGGGCUGAGUUAGCAAUCACAUCCCACUGGCUGCCCUCCCUCCUCGCCCCACUCCCAGUCUCGGGGACGCCCAUUGACUGCUGUCUCACUCUAGCCCCAAGUCCAGCGCCCAGUUCCCACGUAUAACAGCCCUGGCCUUACGCUAUGUGAGGGAAUGCAUCUGAUGAGUUUUCCAGUUGCCUCUGUAGCAAGGGAUGGCCGCCCCCCCUUCCAAGGCUGCCCCCCAACCUGACCCCACCCUCUCCUGAGUCACUGAAUGCCCCUGAGGGUGUGGCAGGGAAGGAGCUGGCCCCUGUGCUGAGUGGAGAGGGAAGAGCAUUCUCACCUUCGCACCACUCUGUUCAGGCUCGUGUCACCCUACAUCCCAAUCUGUAAUUAAGGCCCAUUGGGACCAGAGAACCUAGGGUCUGGUCACACUUUGGUCACUCAUUAGCUCUAGGACCAAUCACUUAUCUUUUCUGCGACCCCAUUUUCUCCAGGGAAAUGAGACUUGUCCAGGUGGACUUGAAGGCCCCUUGAGUGCUCCACGACGCCUGGACUACCUGAAAAGACCUGCCAGCCACGCCACGCGGUCCUGCGGGGCUGGGUGCGCUUGCCAGCUGCCUGAUCCUGUGUGCAGGGAUGCGUGCUAAGGGACGAAAGACCAGCAGGCAAAGUGGUCAUUGUGAAAAGCACGUGUUUGUCUAACUCUCCUACUGAGUGGCCUCAAAUGGUAACAUUGGUCUUCAUACAGUUGGCAGCUCUAGGCCGCUGUAAGGAGACCUGUCUCCGAGUCUGGAAGGGCCAGCAUAGGACAGUGGCUCUAACAUACCCCUCCCAUCACCAGCCCUUGCUGGGCCAAGCGCACCCACGUGACAUGAGCUGCUGGGCCUGGCAGCUCUCACUGCCUCCUGACAACCAGUGCCUUGCUGCCCUGGACUUCCAUAGCCAAUCAACCCCAGCAGGGGCUGUCCCUCCUUCAUCAAAAAAUAACAGUGUCAUUGUACCUCUCGCCUUUACAGAAAUCAAGACAACCUGAUCAACUAUCACCUGCUUCUUAAUGCCUGAUUUGUUGGGGUCCCCGAGUGGAAAGCCUCUUGUGCAGUCCUGCCCCUUCCUAUAGCUUUCCCAGCCUAAAUCCUGUCAACCCACGAAUGAAAAUCUAGGUUUGGGACAUUGGAGAAAUGGUGGGCCACUGCUCUCCCCCACACAGCCCCACGUUGCUCAGGGCAUAGGCUCAAGAUGGCCCGCCCACCUCCCCAUAGCUGUGAGGGCCUGUCCUGUGGAAGAGGAUGGUCCCCACACUCGACUGCACUGCACUUUUUAGCUAUGGAAACUCUCCAAAUUGCACCCUGAACAGGAAGAGGGGAGUCUGGGGCCACCCCGUCCUCUCCGCCAUCUCGUCUCCACCUCCACUCAUUGCCCCUGCUGCAGAUUUCUUGUCCUGCAUCUUUGGUAACUUGGAGUCACAACCAAGCAAAUGUCAAUAAAUGAGGAGUUUGAAAUAGAAAUCCCACAGGGUCUUCCAUUUUUCACCUGGGGAGGGGUCAGCUGGGCACGGAUUUAAGAGUGAAGACUCCUUUUCAUCACCCAGAAUGUCCAUUUUCAACAUGAAAAAAUCUACCCGCUUCCUCUCCCUUCCUGCUUCCACACUAACAAAUGCCCUCCACCAUGUGGCCUCCCCACCCUGGCCUCAGAGCUCCCAUCCAGGGAGGGUGUGUUGUUUGUUGGGAAAGGGGACAGGAAGUGGAGUUACCAGGGGACGGGAGCAGCCUCGGCGGCAGCCCCCUCCUGCCCCCACCCCCACCUCGCUGUCCGGGCCCAAGGUGUCCUCACCUGUAGCUUGUGUUCAAUCACCAACUCUCUGAAUCUGAGGAGACCCAAAGCGUCACACAACCAGCCCCUGAAUGUUGGGAAGGCAGAGAAGAGCAGAGAGUGUGGGGACCAGAUCCUUAGCUCCCACGGUGGCAGAGACUGGAGCAGUGUGGAGUGGGGCCCAGAGGACCAGGAAAUGGCUGUAUGUGUGAAAGGGAGAAUUUGGGGAGGAUGAGGGUGAGGGUGGGUCUGUGUGUGUUCCCGGGAGUGUGUACGAGGGAGACACACACACUCUCCCCCCACCUCAGGGCCCUGACUACAGCUGGGUGGGCAGCGGGCUGCCUGGCCUGAGCAGUCCAGCGCCGCUCUCUCCAGAAGGCUGCCCUCCACUGUCGCAGGCAAACCUACUUCCCCAGGAGCUUCUUUUCCAAAGAUGGUGGAUCCCUGGGGGAGAAUUUGCCCAGGCCUCCAGGGAAGCACUUGGCUCCCCGCUUCCUCUCUAGCCUGUAAUCAACUACCUGCCACGUGUCACCCAUUCUACACACACACACACCAGCAGCAGCAGCAAGGAACCCCAGCCGCAGCUAGGAGUUGAGAGGUAGGUGGUGCAGCCCUGCCCCCCAGACUUACUGCCUCCCAGGCCUGCUCCACCCCGGGGGCAGGACUAUUUUGGUCUUCACAGGAGUCAAGAUCCAGAGGCUUCGUGCCAGCUCACACUGGGCAUGUGAGAUCGCCUUCCCCUCCAAGUCUCCACAGAAGAUGACACGGUUCAUCUGGCCCUGGCCACGGUUCCUACCUCAUUCACCUGGAGGAACGCAGAGUUCCAGUACUGGCCUGCAGGGAUGGCAAAUCUCACGUAAUCUGAUCCCCUGGAAGCAGCUGCCUGGGGCCCUGAUAAGGCCGAGACCUCGUUUGGGCACAAAGAGCAGGAUGGCUGUGCCACAGCAUCUUGCCAACUCUGCCCAACCACGAUGUGACUCAGCCGCUGGUUCUCAAGCCCACGAUCUUCCCUUUGGUGCAGAUUAUGAUAAAGGGAUCUUUAUCAUAGAAUCCGUCAGGCAGAGUGUCUGCACCGUGUCACUUCACUGAAGGCCACAAGGCCGCCUGGCCUUCACAGCGUUCUGGGGCUGAUUUGUUCACAGAGAACGGUCAGGACCAGGGCCACGUCUUUGAAGGCGGCAUUCUCGUGGUCACAAUACUUGUAGAAGAUCAAGGUGGAGCCCGCGGGAAGGGAUUCAAAGCGGUGGACCACGGCAGCCUUCUGGCCAUUCUCAAAGCCA